UAUACAUCACCAACACUCUUCUCCAUCACUAGUCUAACUUGUCCAAUUUAAUUACCAUUUAUGGCUGAUCAAAUUGCUCUAAUUGAUCCUAAUGUCGAUCCUUAUGGAUACUUAGGCAUUAUUCGUAACACUGACGGCUCUAUCACACGUCCACAAAAUUCACCAACUCGUCCAUUUGCCACCACUACUUCUGAUCAUUCCUCCGUCUUCACUAAAGAUCUCAUCAUUAACGCCACAAAGAACACAUGGGCUCGUAUUAUCAUCCCUCGUGAAGUACUAAACUCGAAAAAUAAACUCCCUCUUAUUGUAUAUUUUCAUGGUGGAGGAUUCGUACUGGCAGCUAAUGUAGACACACCAAUCUUACAAAGUUUUUACGCAACACUCGUGGCUGAAAUUCCAGCAAUAAUCGUGUCCGUCGAUUAUCGAUACGCACCUGAAAAUCGACUUCCAGCAGCUUACGAUGAUUGCAUGGAAUCGUUGCAUUGGAUCAAGAACACCUCUGAUGAGUUGCUAACAAAAUAUGCUGAUUUUUCUAAGUGUUUUCUCACGGGCACUAGUGCUGGUGGCAACAUUACUUACCACGUAGGUUUACGUGUCGCUGGAGGUGGUGAAUACCUUAAGCCUUUAGAAAUCAAAGGGUUACUUUUACAUCAUGCUUUUUUUGGUGGGAAUGAAAGGACAAAAUCAGAAUUAAGAUUAGCUUGUGAUAAGAUGUUGUCACUAAAUGUGAGUGAUAUUAUGUGGGAGUUAGCGUUGCCUAUAGGAAGCGAUCGUGAUCAUCCAUAUUGUAAUCCGAUGGUGGAGAUUAGAUCAAAUGGAAAUUUGUUUGAUCAAGUGAAAUUACAAGGUUUGAAGAUUUUGGUGAUUGGCUGUGAUGGCGAUCCUUUGAUCGAUCGACAAAUUGAGAUUUCAAAGAUGUUGAAGGAAAAAGGUGUGCAAGUUGUGGAUAGUUUUAGUGAAGGAGGCUUUCAUGGCUGUGAGUUUCUUGACGACAUGAAGUUAAAGGAAUUGGCACUUGUUGUGAAGGAGUUUGUGAGAGCUUAAGCACUUAUGGCAAGUGAUGUUUUGAUGAAAUAACGCCAAUCAUAAAAAUAAGUCUAUUGUAGUUUUGCUUACGAGUUUGGCAGAAUCCAAUAGUUUUGGCUCAAAAAUUAUAUUUGUAUUCAAAAAUUUACUUAAAAAACCUUUAAAUUUUCUAGAAUCCAUAAACUCAAAAUCUUAGGUCCGCUUCUAUUCAGAUUUUGAGUUUUAGAGUUCCAAAUAAGUUGCAAGCAUUACUAUAUAUUAGUACAGUUUAAUAAAUUGGAAUGUACCUAAAGUCAAAUAGCUAUUUGGAUAUUACAGUUGAAUAAAUUGCUAUUAUUAAUACAUAAUAAUCAUUAUGAUUGGCCGA